AUGGUUAAUUGGUCCUCCGUCGAGGACGCCAAGCUGCUAGCCGGCAUCCUGGAAUUCACCAACAUCCCCAUGAACAAGGGGCUUUUAGAAUAUCUCGCCGCCAAGAUCGGUCAAGAUUGCACCCCCAAAGCCGUCAGCCAUCGGCUCGCCAACAUCAAGAACCGCGCCAAAGGCACCGGCGGCGGCAGUAGCGGCGGCAAAGGCAGCACGCUCAGCACCCCCAGCACGCCCAAGACUCCACGCUCCAAGUCCCUCGCCACUACCACGGGUCUCCUCGGCGUCAAGGCGUCUGGCAAGAAGACUGGGAAGACGGUUGUUUCGAAUGGGUUUGGUGGAAUAAGGGAUGGGAAGGGGAAUGCCACGUACGUCUCUGAUGGUGAUGAUGAUAGCGGCGAGGAUGUGUUUGGUGGUGGUGGGAUGAGGGGCGUGGGUGCUGGUGCUGGUGGGGGGAGGGCGAAUGGCAAUGGGAAUGGGAAUGGUGCUCGUGGUGGUGGGGGUGGGGGCAAGAGGAAGAGGUCCACUCUUCUUGAUUCCCGUCGCGGAGACGAGCACGGCGAUGAAGAUCGAGAAGGAGGAGGCGAAGAGGACGGAGAUGGCGCCGAGAAGAGGAUCAAGCUCGAAGAGGUAGAUGAGGAGGAAGACGAGGAGGAGAGCUACGACUUAGAGAGCGAGUACGUCUAAUUCCGCGUCUGCUCCUAAGCAGCAGGGAGGGGGAAAAGGGUUUCUAGGAGAGCGGGAAAGCAGGGAAAAGGGUAGAGAUAUGCAUGCAGAGGGCGGGAAGGGAUAGCUAGGGAUUCUUGUAUGCGUGGGUAGGUUAGUAGUAGAGGGAUAACAGGAAGGGAGGGUGUCAGAUGGUAAGCCAGUUUAUG